ACGGAGUAAAUAGUUUCAAAAAAACAUUUUAUUAUCUAGUAAAAAGUCAAAAUCAAACACAAUUCGAGUAUCUCAGCAUGAUAAAAGGAGAAGAGGUGACAUAUAUGAGUUCCCACACAUCUUCCUCCACUCUCUCGUUUUCGUGGCGCGGCAAAAUCAAUCUGCAGCGAUGUCCACACUCACUGUUCCUCCCGUUUCCGAAGACUGCGAGCAACUCCGAGCUGCCUUCAAAGGAUGGGGGACUAAUGAGAAGUUGAUCAUAUCAAUAUUGGGUCAUAGAAACGCUGCUCAGCGCAAUUUGAUCCGGCAGGCAUACGCAGAAACCUAUGGGGAAGACAUCCUCAAAGAGUUAAACAGGGAACUCACUCAUGAUUUUGAGAAACUAGUAGUGCUGUGGACACUGGACCCUCAUGAGCGUGACGCGCUUUUGGCCAACGAAGCAACCAAGAAAUGGACAGCAAGCAAUCAAAAAUCCCUUGAAGAAGAUGUUGCCCAGCACACAACUGGGGACUUCCGCGGGCUUUUGGUGCUUCUGGUGAGCACAUAUCGCUACGGGGGCGAUGAGGUAAAUAUGACACUAGCUAAACAUGAGGCCAAACUGCUGCACGAGAAGAUCUCGGAUAAGUGCUACGCUGAUGACGAUGUCAUCAGAAUUCUGACAACAAGGAGCAAAUGCCAGAUCAAUGCAACCUUGAAUCACUAUAGAGACGAAUAUGGACAAGACAUUCUCAAGGACUUGGAAGGCGAUGGGAAGGAUGAAUUCACUUCCAUACUGAGAGCGGCAAUUCAAGCGCUCCUCUACCCAGAGAGGUACUUUGUGGAGGUGCUUAGGGGUGCAAUCAACAAGAGAGGCACGGAUGAAGGUGACCUGACCAGAGUGAUUGCGACAAGAGCCGAAGUUGAUCUCAAGGUUAUCAUGGAGGAGUUCAAGAAGGUGAAUAGCGUCCCUUUAGACCGCGCCAUUGCCAAAGACACCCGCGGCGACUAUGAAGAUAUGCUCUUGGCCUUGCUUGGUCAUGCUGACAAUUGAACAACAUCACAAACCUCAUCUAAAUAAUAAUAAUAAUAAUAAUAAUAAUAAUAAUAAUAAUAAAAUGAUUUCCAUAAU